UCUCUCUCCCUCUCACUCUCUGCUGUUAACAGAAAUCUCUGAUUUGCGAUCUUUCUGAUAUUUGUAAACCAAGAAAAUGCUGGCUGUAUUCGAAAAAUCUGUGGCUAAGAGUCCAGAGGGUCUACAGAGCCCACAUUCGGACUCAUCGGUGUGUGCACUGAAGGAUGGGUUCUUGGCUCAACAAUUCUCGUCCGUACACCCUGCUGCGGUUACCAUCAACCUUGGCUCUGCUGGUCUCAUCGCUUACUCCAUGGACAAACAGAACCCCCUCUUACCAAGAUUGUUUGCUGUCGUGGAUGAUAUAUUCUGCUUGUUUCAAGGCCACAUUGAGAAUGUUGCUCAUCUCAAGCAGCAAUACGGGUUAAACAAGACUGCAAAUGAAGUGAUCAUUGUUAUAGAAGCUUACAGAACUUUGAGGGAUAGAGGUCCUUAUCCUGCAGUCCAGGUGGUGAGAGAUCUCCAUGGGAAGUUUGCAUUCAUUCUCUUUGACAGCUCUUCAAAAACAGCUUUUCUAGCUGCCGAUUCUGAUGGGAGUGUUCCCUUUUUCUGGGGAACUGAUUCUGAAAGCCAUCUUGUUCUCUCAGAUGAUGCUGAGGUCGUGAAACAGGCCUGUGGAAAGUCUUUUGCACCAUUUCCAAAAGGAUGCUUCUUUACGACCUCUGGAGGGUUGAGGAGUUUUGAGCACCCCCUUAAUGAGUUGAAGCCAGUGCCAAGGGUGGACAGUUCAGGCGAGGUUUGUGGUGCAACCUUCAAGGUGGAUGCAGAUUCUCGGAAAGAAGGAACUGGUAUGCCUAGGGUUGGAAGUGCUGCCAACUGGUCCCAAAACUACUGAACUCCAUUUUUUUGGCAUCCGUGAUUCAUGUUCACAUCUUGAUUACUGCUGCUUUUAUGGAGUAUGAACUUAUUGUUGGUAGGAGUAUUUUUAAAAAAGUGAACCUAGGCAUUUGAUACAGCUAUGAUAUCACUUACUGUUUCAUUUUAAUCUGGUACAUCAAAAUGAAGCUUUUAUCAGGUCUUUAAGAAAUAUACACAUGAAUAUUAUUUUACAUUGCCCAAAGGCUUUGUUGAUACUUGUGGGAAACUGCUUAUUUGAUGUAUCCAAUUUACAAUAUUUUAAAUGGCAUUCUCUUUCGUGCUCUUCUACUAUGUGUUUAUAGAAGUAAUGGGCAGCCAAAAGAAAAGGAAACACUGCCGUCAUGUGCAUCUUUCUACUAU